AUGGCUUCUUUCCAAAGCAUCAGCAUUGAAGCUCAACUUUCAGAAGAGGUUCUCAUAGCUCAGAUCAUGCAACUUCAUGCAAGCAUCUCCAAGCUUGAAUCCCUUAGGCCUUGCAAGCAAGUGAAUAGCCUCUUCACUCACCUUGUGAAACUUUGCACCCUCCCUUCAUCCAUUGACAUUGAGGCCUUGCCCCAAGAGGUGAAAGACAUGCGUCAGAGCCUCAUUAACCUUUGUGGCCAUGCUGAAGGGCUCUUAGAGCUUGAAUUCUCAAUCUUCAUAAGCCUCACACCCGAGCCCUUCAAGAAUGUGACCCUUUUCCCUUACUAUGGGAACUAUGUGAAACUAGCUCACAUGGAAAACAAAAUCUUGAAAGAAAAUGGGGUGGUGAAUGCAAAGAAAGUGGCCUUUGUAGGGUCAGGUCCAAUGCCUCUCACUUCCAUCAUAAUGGCCACUCACCACAUGGAGUCCACACACUUUGACAACUUUGACAUUGAUGAGAAGGCCAACGAGGUGGCUCGCAAGAUUGUAGCUUCUGAUGCUGCACUUGAGAAGAGGAUGAAGUUUGAAACACAAGACAUCAUGGAAGUGGGAGAGAGGUUGGGGCAAUAUGAUUGCAUCUUUUUGGCAGCACUUGUGGGCCUGAAUAGGGAAGCAAAAGUGAAGAUUUUGGGACACAUAAGGAAGUAUAUGAAGGAGGGAGGGACUUUGCUAGUAAGAAGUGCAAAAGGGGCAAGAGCUUUCCUGUACCCUAUUCUUGAGGACCGUGACAUGGUGAAUUUUGAUGUUCUUACCAUCUUUCACCCCACAAAUGAUGUCAUCAACUCGGUUGUUCUUCUUCGCAAGCCUAAAGCUUAG